CUAUGAUAUAACUCAGGUGACCGCUAAGGCCCUUGGGCCUCUUGUUUCUAUCACUAUAUACAACUUUAUGUCUGUCACUAAAUACACUGUACUCAAACCUUUUACAUACUCUUUGUUAUGUCUUGAUUACAACAUUCUGUUAAUGCAUUUGUAUGUUCAUAAAAAGGCAUGUAUAUCCUGCAAUAAGUAUUUACACAUUUGUCUCUUAAUGAUUUUAAAUGUUGCCUCUUUAUAAUAUAUCACCUGUGUUGCAAAUUUUAAAUAUUGUGACUAAGCACGGAAAAUAGCAGUGCAUGAAUUCUAGGUAAAUCUGGUUGUAUUAACUUCGUGGAAUAAGACAUUAUGCGAUGAAAGAAAAGAAUAAAUCUCUAAGGAAAUAUGAAAUAAUGAAACUGAAAGUUGAGUUCUGUUCACAAGUGGAAUUAUUCCGUUUACCCCCAUUACAGGGAGAGCCACUGUGAGAUUGAGCGACGCAGGAGGAACAAGAUGACGACCUACAUUAACGAGCUUUGCGACAUGGUCCCCACCUGUAGCACGUUGGCCAGGAAGCCAGACAAACUGACUAUCCUCAGAAUGGCAGUGUCCCACAUGAAAACGCUUCGAGGUACUAGUAUAGGAACAGGCAACACCAAUUCUGACGGUUCCUACAAACCGUCCUUCCUCACCGACCAGGAACUCAAACACCUUAUAUUAGAGGCAGCAGAUGGUUUCCUGUUUGUGGUCCAAUGUGACACGGGGCGGAUAAUCUACGUGUCCGACUCCAUCACGCCUGUACUGCAUCAGUCACAGACGGAAUGGUUUGGUAACACCUUAUAUGAACUGGUCCAUCCCGACGACCAGGAGAAAGUACGGGAACAACUGUCCACAACAGAAUCUCAAAACACUGGUCGCAUCCUCGACCUGAAAACUGGAACAGUCAAGAAAGACAGCCACCAGACCUCCAUUCGGUUAUGUAUGGGAUCCCGGCGAGGUUUUAUAUGUCGUAUGACGAUGGGUAAUGUACAGGUAGAUCCAAUGACAGCUAACCAUUCCAUACGUAUCAGACAGAGGAACACGCUGGGCCCUUCAAUCGAUGGGAACCACUACACUGUCGUACACGUCACAGGCUACAUCAAAAACUGGCCGCCAUCAGGUGUCCAGAUUGACCGUGACACGGACGAGAACGGAGGCGGUCACUGUUGCCUGGUAGCCAUUGGCCGUCUCCAGGUGACCAGUACACCCAACUGCAAUGACCUAAUGGGACCAAACGCAGCUACAGAGUUUAUAUCACGUCACAGUAUCGAGGGGAAGUUCACGUUUGUCGAUCAGAGAGUGACAGCUGUACUAGGUUAUCAGCCACAGGACCUCCUCGGUAAAUCGGCUUUUGAUUUUUACCACCCUGAGGACAAAGGUCAUAUGAAGGACACAUUUGAACAAGUCCUAAAGUUGAAGGGACAGGUCAUGUCCAUCAUGUACAGAUUCAGGGCCUCCAAUCACGACUGGGUGUGGCUACGGACUAGCAGCUUCAGCUUCCAGAACCCGUACACAGACGAGGUGGAAUAUAUUGUUUGUACAAACACGUGCGCCAAAAGUGUCCAGCAAGGAGCUCCCAGUACUGGCUCUGCCCCUAGCCUGACCACGCCUCAGGAACAAGUGGCCGAUACCAGCCAGCCAAUCACGUACAACACCCCACCCCGUCCACUGGCCACUGACACUAUCAACAACAUGUCCACCAAGCAGCCGGAAUACGAAUCCUAUAACUACAACACAGUCAUGGGAGCUGGCAGUCGACAGGUGGGUAGACAGGAUAUUUAUUCCACCUACAACUCGCCUAACCAGCAGAUGAAGCAGUACCCCUCCCAGAGUGUGGCUGCAAGUAUGCCCAUGUCCCAGCAGACCCAGGGGUCAGGGGUCAGACGAAGUCCCAACCCCUCAGGAAGCUGGCCAGCCCAAGGGGGAUUCACUCAAACACAGGCUGGAACUGACUUUGGAGGCAAUCCAGCGGCGGGCUACUCACAGAUCAGCCCCAGCAGCUCUUCUCCAGCGGGUGGACCUACCUACACACAGCUGGGCGGAGGAUCACAGGGAGGUGUCCCUAACUCACAACCCAACAGCUUCACGCACUCCUCCCCAGCCGGGGCUGCGGGAACUGGCAUGUGGCCUCCGUCACAUUGGCAGGCUGGGGCAGGGGAUGCCACUCAGACCCAGCCCCAGACGGGACCACAGGGGCCAACCCCGGGGCAAGGGCAGGCCCCACCCAAUCAAACUCAGUCUACCAACCCACAGCAGCAACAGCCCCCUCAGAAUGAAGAAUUCAGUGACAUGUUCCGUAUGCUAGAUCAGCAGGGAGGACCAGAAUUUAGUGAUUUGUCCGGCAUGUUCAACACGUUUACAGACUGAUCUUUGUUCAUCUUUCCAUGAUUGUAAAAAAAAAAAAUAUUGCCGAGAUUUUUUUGUGUUCCUCCAUUGUAUCGGUACUAGCUGUCAUUGUAUCGGUACUAGCUGUAUGCUGGUGCGAUAUUUUGACAUCCCUUCACUGUUUGGUACGAGAUGUUAUGGGAUGUCUUUAACUUCAUCUACACAUUAUGUAGUGUAUAUCAUAGGAAUUUUAAUCCCUCACAUUUUAUCGAUACAAGUUGUAUUUUUGUAUAAUAAUGAGAUCUUCUAAAGUCAUUCUUAUUCAAUUGUAUGAUUUGUAUUACUGGAAUGUGAAUUGAUAUUUCUAAACUUGAUAUGUUUUAUCACAAGUAAUUAGAACUCUACAGUGUUGUUUUAAGGCAUUCAAAAAUCCUUCUGUUAGGAUAAUCUAAUGUCCUUCCAUUUAUCAGUAAAAGUGAUAAAAUUGUACCCGGUAUAUGGAAUUGAUCUGACAGACACUUUGAAAGAAUGGAAAUAUAUCUCUUCCAUUUGUCAGUAAGUCUCGUUAAACGUGCACAAUUUUCACCUUUUAUAUAGUUAAUGUUGUACUGGAGUUGUAACAGGGGAUUUGUGGGAUGGGGAAAAAGGGGGCAGGGAAUUGUGUAUUAGUCUUGUGCAAUCUAUUUGUUUCAUCUCCUCCUCAAGACUAGCACCUUGAAUUAAUAUUGUGUUAAUUUACUAUUGUUCAUAUUAAUCAUAAAUAUUUUCCCCUAAGUUCAAAAGGAUUUAGGAUUUUUUUGUUUAUUUUUACACAUGUAUAUUCAUACAUUGUAUACAAGCUGAUUUGUUGAUAUUAUGUUUAUAAAAUUUAUUGCUGUGUUGGAAUAGAUUUCUUCAAAAAAAGAAGAAAAAAACUUGAAUUCAAUGUCAACUUCAGAAGUACGUCCAAUAUAUUUCACAUGUUCUGCCAAAAUACAGUUGAUUUUGAUAUACCAUAUCAAUGAUUGUGAGAAAGGUUUUACAAAGUUAAGGGCGCAUGCUACCUUACAAUCUUUGCAUUAGAGUUAUCUCUCUUUAAAACAAUAUGAUUAAUAUAGUUUUAAGCAUUAUCUACAAUAGAUCUGAGUUACCUUACCGGUAAUGUUAUCAAUGUAAGAAUCUGUGUACGGUUUAGAGAUGUUAUCAGCUAAUAAAAACACUACAACAAUCUCCAUCCUUCCAUCCAGAGUUAUUGUUCCUGUGAAUGGCUACAGCCAAGAUUUUUGGGACAACUGAAAUUUUCACAUAUUUCAGUCAUUUGUUUUCUCCAUUAGUAGUCCCAUUAUGGUCACAAUUUUGAAUUUUGUCCCUUUGUGUAAAUGUUGCAAAAUUAUGGGAUUUUUUCUUAAUUUUUUAAUAAUAAAGUAUGCUUUUAAAAUCAACAUAUAAGUCACAAUUCAUGUUUCAUAUUUAAAUUAAGACUAUCUUUGGAGGAAAAAUGACUAAAAAAUGUCAAAUUUCAGUGACGCCCCAAAUCUCUGUAUUUUGGUUGUUAAGUAACAACAACUCUGGGCUUGGAAGAGGUUGUGCACCAUUGGUCAUGAAAUAUGAAUUGUUCGUUUUUUGUGUGGAGCUCUGUCGGGG